UGAAAGUGAAAGGAAGAGACGCGCUGAACCAGAGGGUGCGGUUCGAUUCCCGUCUGAUCUGAAGGCUGUUUUUCACUCCAAUAUUUCCAGUCUCUCCAGCUCCGAUCAUCCAGGCGGUCGUGGAACACACACACACACACACACACACGGGACUCACUGCUGUGGAUCAACACACUGACAUCGAACACAAUCUGAGUUCACAACUUUGGACCGGAACAACUGAGCUCCGACAUGGACCCGAGACUGAGGAGAGGAGCCUCGCUCACAGGUGUGGACAGAGAGGAGGAAGCUCCUCCCUCUAAAGCCCCUCUGGGUGAGGACCAUGGCAGCCAGACCAGAGCUGAGAGAUCAAAGCCACUCACAUCAGACGCUGCUGGACGAGGACACAGACCUGGACCUGCUCCCAGCUGUCAGUCUCUGAAGAGUGAUGCGUCUAUGGGAAGAAUUAUUAACUUCAGAGGAGGAGAGGAGCAUCAGAGGAGGAGCAGGAUCCAUCAGGAGAAACCAGAAGAGUCUGAACUCAGCUGUCAGUCUCUGAAGAGUGAUGCGUCGAUGGAUCCUCCUCUGGACUUCAAAGGUGGACAAGAGUCUUCAGGAGAGAGAGAGGAUCAGCAGCUCUCAGAUGUUCUCAGUCUCCAUUGUGUCCAGCAGCAUCAGACAGAUCUGGACUCCACACUGCAGCUGUUUGAGGAGACUGUCAUGACUCUGGUGAAGAAGGAGCUGAAGAGAGCCCAAAGGUUCCUCAGUCCAGAUGACCAGAAGAACCUGGAUGGUGAGGAAGAGCUGAAGUGUGACGAGGAGCAGAUGAGGAGCAGCAGAGAAGCUCUCAUGCAGAUCUUCAUGAACAUCCUGAGGAACAUGAAGGAGGAGAAGCUUGCUGAUGUUCUGUGGAGCAGAAGUGGUGCUGGAGUGUGUGCAGGGCGACUGAAGAGGAGCCUGCAGAAGAAGUUCCACAGUGUGUCUGAGGGGGUCGCUAGAGCAGGAAACUCUGCCCCUCUGAAUCAGAUCUACACAGAGCUCUACAUCACUGAGGGGGGCACAGAGCAGGUCAACCAGGAGCACGAGGUCCGACAGAUCGAAGCAGCAACCAGGCAGCAGACCAGACCAGGAACUACCAUCAGACCAGAAGACCUCUUUAAAGCCUCACCUGACACAGACCCACCAAUCAGGAGCCUGCUGACGAAGGGCGUGGCUGGCAUUGGGAAGACCCUCCUGACACAGAAGCUGACUCUGGACUGGGCUGAAGACAAAGCCCACCACAACUUCCAGCUCCUGUUUCCUUUCACCUUCAGAGAGCUGAACCUGCUGAAAGAGAAGCAGUUGAGUUUGGUGGAACUUGUUCAUCUCUUCUUUCCUGAAACCAAAGACUCAGGACUCUUUGAAGGAGUCCAGGUUCUGUUCAUCUUGGACGGUCUGGACGAGUGUCGACUCCCUCUGGACUUCAACAGUCGGGUCCUGACAGCAGCUACAGAGUCCACCUCAGUAGACGUCCUGCUGACCAACCUCAUCAGGGGGAAGCUGCUUCCCUCAGCUCAGCUCUGGAUCACCACACGACCUGCAGCAGCCAAUCAGAUCCCUCCUGAGUGUGUGGACAUGGUGACCGAGGUCAGAGGGUUCACUGACCUGCAGAAGGAGGAGUAUUUUAGGAAGAGGUUCAGAGAUGAGGAGCAGACCACCAUCAUGUCUCACAUCCGGAGCUCACGAAGCCUCUACAUCAUGUGUCACAUCCCCAUCUUCUGCUGGAUCACUGCCACAGUUCUGGAGGACAUGUUGAAGAGCAGAGAGACCGGAGAGCUGCCCAAGACCCUGACUGAGAUGUACAUCCACUUCCUGGUGGUUCAGGCCAAAGUCAAGAAGCUCAAGUACCAUGGAGGAGCUGGGACCGACCCAGUUUGGGAUCCUGAGAGCAGGAAGAUGGUGAAGUCUCUGGGAAAACUGGCUUUUGAGCAGCUGCAGAGAGGAAACUUGAUCUUCUAUGAGUCAGACCUCACAGAGUGUGGCAUCGACAUCACAGCUGCUGCACUUUACUCAGGAGUCUUCACACAGAUCUUCAGAGAGGAGAGAGGACUGUACCAGGAGAAGGUCUUCUGCUUCAUCCACCUGAGUCUCCAGGAGUUUCUGGCUGCUCUUCAUGCCCACCUGAAGUGCUUCAACUCUGGAGUCAACCUGUUGAGUCAGUUGAACUCAGAACAAAGGUUUAGAAAAAAACGUCAUACAGAACAGAUGUACCAUGCAGCAAUAAAUGAAGCUGUAGAAAGUCCAAAUGGACAUCUGGACCUGUUCCUGCGCUUCCUUCUGGGUCUUUCUCUGCAGACCAGCCAGAGGCUCCUUCAAGGGUUGGUGGCACAGACAGGAAGUAGCUCCUGGACCCACCAGGACACAGCAGAGCUCAUCAAGGAGAAGAUAAAAGAGACACUGUCUCCAGAGAGAAUCAUCAAUCUGUUCCACUGUCUGAGUGAAGUGAAGGACACUUCUCUAGUGGAGCAGGUCCAACAGCAGCUGAGAUUUGGAUGUCUCUUGCCACAUCAACUGUCUCCAGCUCAGUGGUCCACCCUGGCCUUCAUCUUACUGUCCUCAGAGGAAGAUCUGGACGUGUUUGACCUGAAUAAAUACUCUGCUUCAGAUAAGGGUCUUGAGAGGCUGCUGCCAAUUGUCCAGGCUUCAAAGAAAGUUCUACUGAGCGACUGUGGACUGUCAGAGAGAAGUGGUUCCCUUCUGUCCUCAGUCCUCAGCUCUCCGUCCUCUAGUCUGACACAACUGGACCUGAGUCAGAACAUCAACCUGAAGGAUGCAGGAGUGGAGCUGCUGUCUGCUGGACUGAAGAGUCCACACUGUCACCUGGAGACUCUCAGCCUGAGCAGCUGUGGACUGUCAGAGAGAAGUGGUUCCCUUCUGUCCUCAGUCCUCAGCUCUCCGUCCUCUAGUCUGACACAACUGGACCUGAGCUACAACAGGGACCUGAAGGAUGCAGGAGUGGAGCUGCUGUCUGCUGGACUGAAGAGUCCACACUGUCACCUGGAGACUCUCAGCCUGAGCAGGUGUGGACUGUCAGAGAGAAGUGGUUCCCUUCUGUCCUCAGUCCUCAGCUCUCCGUCCUCUAGUCUGACACAACUGGACCUGAGUAAGAACUGGGACCUGAAGGAUGCAGGAGUGGAGCUGCUGUCUGCUGGACUGAAGAGUCCACACUGUCACCUGGAGACUCUCAGCCUGAGCAACUGUGGACUGUCAGAGAGAAGUGGUUCCCUUCUGUCCUCAGUCCUCAGCUCUCCGUCCUCUAGUCUGACACAACUGGACCUGAGUGAGAACUGGGACCUGAAGGAUGCAGGAGUGGAGCUGCUGUCUGCUGGACUGAAGAGUCCACACUGUCACCUGGAGACUCUCAGACUGAGCUGCUGUGGACUGUCAGAGAGAAGUGGUUCCCUUCUGUCCUCAGUCCUCAGCUCUCCGUCCUCUCGUCUGACACAACUGGACCUGAGUGAGAACAGGGACCUGAAGGAUGCAGGAGUGGAGCUGCUGUCUGCUGGACUGAAGAGUCCACACUGUCACCUGGAGACUCUCAGACUGAGCUGGUGUCGACUGUCAGAGAGAAGUGGUUCCCUUCUGUCCUCAGUCCUCAGCUCUCCGUCCUCUAGUCUGACACAACUGGACCUGAGCUACAACAGGGACCUGAAGGAUGCAGGAGUGGAGCUGCUGUCUGCUGGACUGAAGAGUCCACACUGUCACCUGGAGACUCUCAGCCUGAGACUCUGUGGACUGUCAGAGAGAAGUGGUUCCCUUCUGUCCUCAGUCCUCAGCUCUCCGUCCUCUAGUCUGACACAACUGGACCUGAGCUGGAACAGGAACCUGAAGGAUGCAGGAGUGGAGCUGCUGUCUGCUGGACUGAAGAGUCCACACUGUCACCUGGAGACUCUCAGUCUGAGAGGGUGUCGGAUCUCAGAGAGAGGCUGUGCUUCUCUGGCCUCAGCUCUGACCUCUAACCCCUCCCACCUGAGAGAGCUGGACCUGAGAUCCAACCACCCAGGAGGACCAGGACUGGAGCUGCUGUCUGCUGGACUGGAGAGUCCAGACUGGAGGCUGGAGACUCUCAGGCUGGACGACUGUGGACCAGGGUGGUUAUAGAUCUGACCUGAAGAAGUGUGAGUGUCUGAUUGAUCCAUGAGAACUGCCGGACUCUGUCAGCUUCUAGUGGAGCAGCUGUGAUGUUGGUGGAUCAUGUGAGCCUUGAAUCUGCUGCUGGAACUUGUCUUCAUCAAGUCCAGGUCACUGGCCAGAACACUGCUCACCAACAUGGUGUCCAGCAGAAGCUGGUUGUCCAGCAGCAGCUAGUGAGGAGCAUCCAUGCAGAUCUAGAAGCAGCACUGUUGACUUUCCUCAUCAUCACAUACGGAGUCAUUCACUCUCUUCAGUCUUUGACUCCACAGUCACAUGAGUUUGGAAUAGUGAGUUAUGAAAGACAGGAACCACUUGGUACCAGGACCAAGGAGGAACCCUGAAGACAUCUAACCCAGAACCGGUCCUAACAGCCUGAGUUGAGCCUGAGUUUGUAGGGACAAACAUCUGCCUUCCCCCUCAACGUCGCUCCAAACCAAGGGGUGUCAACACAGGAUCAGGAAUUUGGCACCAUGGCAAAUGGGAGUCCAGGACCAAUCUGCGUAGACUACACCUCAAGAUGAACUGAAAAGUGUAUUAAAAGGGUUCGGGCCAGAGAUAGUCUUUGUCACUCUACACCACUGGAGCUAAGGCUGAGUCAGGCACAGUUGUGGACCCAGAGCUCUGUCGUCAUUCUCACAAGUAAACAGACACGCGGGGCUGCGUUAUUUGGUGGCAUGAGCCACUUAAAAAUAUUUACAUAAGUAAAAUAAAUGGUGCACACAUUUCUAUCUACACCGCUUGAUAUUUUAAGGAGGAUGAUGGUAAAAUGUAUGAAUGUUAAAAAUUCAUGCACGAGAGACGUACGCCGGACGUGACCCAGCAACCUGGUGACACACAGGGAUGAGCUUGGACCGCUGUACUGCCGCUAAGUCACGUGACCAGCUGCUCAGGUGAAGCCUCACAGCCUGACAUGUUUGUGGCAUGUGGCUCUUUUCAAUUAGAGAAUUUGAAGCCACAUUUUUCAAUUUGAAUGAAUUUGGUAUAUUACCGAAUCAGUUUGACAAUAGCACAAUAAAUCACGAUGGUGGUUUUCAUAUCACCUUAUUUAAACUUUAGCUCUUUUAAUGUCUUGAAAAUAUUUAUGUCAGAAUUUCAAUUUUAUAAGAAUUUUAAAUACAUUCAGAGCAGUGGAAACCCUGGUCAUUGUGCAGCAAAAAACAUCCCUCCAUGUUUGUUGUUGUUCUCAUCCUAGCUGUCAGGUGUCUGCUGCAUCAGUGGGAUCAGUGGAGCAGGAACUCCUGCACUGACAAAGGUUCCCUGUCGUCUGCAGAGCAAACUGUUCAGUUCAAUUAUGUUAAAAUGUGUUGUAAUGAAUUAAUGAUAAUAAUGUUGUAAUUCUUGAAUCAUAAUCAACUUGUUAAAGUCCCACCACUACUCAGAACACAACUGCAGUUGAGACCAGCUUUAACUAGUCACUCUGGACUUUGUGUAUGAAGAGAAAGUGCCACCUUCAGUUUGCACAAGACACUCCCUCAAGAAGAGGGGGGUCACUCCAGUCGCUGGAAGUUGGCUGGAACUGUACUGGAACUGUGCUGGAACUGCGCUGGGAGGCAGUACUACUACUGUAACACUGAGGCAUAGAAUUAGCUUCAAGCUAACUGGAGAGAUGGGCACUUGUUUGACUGUGGUGAAGUCAGAAGGAUAUUGGAUACUUCCACUCUUGUUUUGGCCGUGUCGUCCUCUGCCGUGUCCCCAAAUAUGGAUCACUAAUUGCAGGCCAACAGUCUCACAGGCUGCGCUCUUGGUUCGGGACCAUCAAUAAAUUCUCACCGUCAUUGUCAUUGUGAAAUCAUGUUGGUGAAAAAACUUCUGAUAUUUGCUCAAUUGUUUCCAGGAAAUGGGUCCAGAUGGGUCCAAAAGCUGCUGUAUGCUAUCAAGAGGCAUGAGAUAUAAAAUAUAUUUUUUGCAAUACUUAGCUCUCAGGAAAUGGGUCCAAAGUCCUGCUGGACAACCACCUGCACAACGGUCAAUUUUCUCUGAGAACCACAGUCCCAAUUGGUGUUUGAGAUCCAUCCACAACAGAACACAAUGACGCAGGUCCCCUUUAAGAAUGAAGGCUGUUUCAAGCGCUUGAAGAACUUGUGAUGGAGAGCCAAACAUUCAGUGGUGUCCCUGUCGAUCUGGAAACAUGCUGGUGUUGCAGUCGUCCUGGAAGCGUGACGAGACAUGCGGGGAGAGCCAGAUACUGCAGUUUCAAUGUUGUUGUGUCUGAAUGCAACGGUCGAUCCAACUGCAGAGGCUCCAUUCUUGUAUGACACAGCUACAUAAACAGUAUUUUUCCACCCAGUAGCAACAUCCCGUCAGAGCCUCUUUACUCAGGAGAUGAAGACGACUGAAUGGGCGGUGAGGAUUUCGACACGACACGUCUGUGGCUCUCCUGUUUCCUUCACACAAAAGAGAUGACUCAUGCAGUGACCGGAUCCAACGUGAUGUUCCGUGUGCUGUCUGAUGAACUCAGCUCUUGGGCUCUCUUUAUCGACCAGUAUUCAUCCAGACCCUCACCUAUAGUCAUGAGCUGUGGGUCAUGAACCAAAGAAGGAGAUCCCACAUAAAAUCUGCUGCAAUGAGAUUUCUCCGACAGGAGGCAGGUGAGAGAUAGGGUGAGAAGUUCUGUCACGCCGGAGAGACUCGGAGCCAGUUGAGGACGCCCCCUGGGAGCUGGAACGAUGAUAGCCCCAUUUCAGGUGCGGCUUACUGCAAACCAUUCACACCUGUCUCCUCAUCAGCUCUUGAUAAUAUCACAUCCGGGUCGACUCAUGAGGUGAGGUCCUCCACCUCCUCAAUAAUAUCCAUGUCAAUACGUUCAUCAAGUCUCCUCUCCACUUACUGGCUUUGUGUCAAUGUACCAUACAAGCUUAACUGGUUUUGUGUUUCGUUUUACGACCCCCUGUGAACAACUUUGCAUGUAAUAACAAAUCGUUUUUAAUGCCUCAACAGUGUGCAAACUAUGUUCCAAGACAUCUGGUUGAAUUCUGUUUGGGAAAAACAGAACACGCGCUUUGGUCUUACACGUACUUUGAGCUGCUGAAUCAUGGUUUGAACAGAGCAGCUGUUGAUGUCACCAGUUUAUUUUUGCAUUAUUCAGGUCACAUGACAACUUGCUCAUGGACUAAUGACGACACAAGUGAGACGUUGGGAUUUGAAGUCCUUUAUUUUAAUUUUAUAUUACAUGAAAACAUUUGUCCCAUGGCAUCUUAAUCUCAUUUGCAUUUACUGGUUGAAGCUGGACUCUACAGAACAGCCCACAUCAGGAUCAACAACCCUGCUGAGAGCGUGUGGACCUCUUCAGCACAGACGUCAACCGAGACUUUCUCCAGAAUCAAGUCUCAAGACAGACUUGCAGUACCUAAAGCCACAUUGACCAACAUGUACGUAGAAAAAGUUGUUGGAGUGAAAUAAAUAAAUCAUCG